AUUUCCUCCACACCCUAUGAACUCAUUUAGUUCCUCACCUGACCUCACUCUACUCUAAUGUAAUAAUCACUUUUCAAAACACCAAACAAACCCUUACUUCACUCUAUGGCGAUCUCAUCACAAUCUUUCUCACCUUCCUUCAUCUUAACUCGCCACGAUUCAACUCGCCCAACUCGUCUUCCCUCUCGAUUCACCUUCACUCACUUCCGCAAAAUCCAAACCCGCUCUGCAUCCCCUCGAUUCUCCGUUUCUUCACGUCUUAACUCGUCUAAAUCCUCCGAUGCCGGCGGUUCCAUCUCGCCGGAUAACGGCGAUGUCACCUACGAGCUCCACCACGAUCUCUCGCCGCAGCGUCGGAGACGCGGAUCGCCGGUUUUUGUGACGCUUCCGGUGAAAUCCAUAGGGAGAGAGGGGAAGAUAUGGAGGCCGAAAGCGAUGAUGCUGUCGUUGAAGGCGAUGGCUGCCGCGGGUGUGGAAGGAGUUGUGGUGGAGAUUUGGUGGGGGGUGGUUGAGAGGAAUGAGCCUAGGGUUUAUGAUUGGCGAGGGUAUCGGGAGCUUGUUAUGAUGGCUUGCAUGUGUGGUCUCAAAGUUCGUGCUGUUCUCGCAUUUCAUCAACAUGGAACAGACGGUGAUGAUCUUAAUGGCUAUUUUUUUUCUUGUCAUAAGCCUCAGACUCUAGAAGGUUCUCCCUCCUUGUGUAGGAUACCACUUCCUUUAUGGGUGCUUGAUGAGAUGCAAAAGGAUCCGGAUUUAGCAUUUUCUGAUAGGUUUGGAAGAAGAAAUACUGAAUACAUUUCCCUUGGGUGUGAUAUUCUUCCUGUGCUGCGUGGGCGUUCUCCCAUUCAAGUAUAUGCAGAUUUUAUGAGGGACUUCAGGGACACCUUUAGGCCUUUUCUUGGCACUAUCAUUACAGGAGUGCAGAUUGGCAUGGGUCCUGGUGGUGAACUAAGAUAUCCUUCAUUGUCUUUACAAAAGCUAAAUUUGGAUUGGUCUCGAGAACUUGGAGAGUUUCAGUGCUAUGAUAAGUAUAUGCUUGCUUCUCUAAACGCCUCUGCCCGAAAUAUUGGAAAGCGUGAAUGGGGAAAUGGUGGUCCAUCUGGUGCUGGAAGUUUGAUCCAAAAUCCUGAGCGUACUGAAUUCUUUAGAAACGAGGGUGGCUCUUGGAACAUGCCAUAUGGUAAAUUUUUUCUUGAAUGGUACUCGGAUAUGCUGCUACUGCAUGGAGAGAGAAUUUGUAGGGAAGCUGAAACUAUAUUUAGGGGUACAGAAGUCCACAUAUCAGCAAAGUUGGCUGCCAUUCACUGGCACUAUGUCACACAAUCCCAUCCAUCGGAGGUAACAGCAGGCUAUUAUAAUACUUUUAAAAGGGACGGAUACUUACCAAUUUUACGCAUGUUUAGUAAAUAUGGAUUCUCGAUGUGCUGCUCUUGUUUUGAAAUGCAAGAUAUAGUUAUGAAGAAGAUCAAUCCAGAUUGUAGCCCCGAAGGUUUUCUUAGACAACUUUUGCUGGAUGCUAGGCUCUGUGACAUAUCACUUGAAGGUCAAAAUUUCUCAACUGAUUUGGAUGAUGAUGGAUUCACUCAGGUCCUAAAGAUGUCAAAAUAUUACUCAGAUGGCAUCGAGAGACGCCCCUUUUCAUUCAACUUUGUAAGAAUGGACAAAAAUAUGUUUGAACCCCGAAAUUGGGACCGGUUUACUCGAUUUGUGAGACGAAUGUCUGAUGGAAACAUGUUUCGAGCCCGAUUAAAUUCUGUAGGAAAGCUACGGUUGAAAACUACAGUGGCUGCAGAAGUUGGAUUGUUAUACCAGCUUUACCAGUACUCUUGAAGCUAGUUUUGGCCAUUAUUCUAGAAGGCAUAUUUUAGUAUUAUCACCCAUUAUGUUUCUAGUGUUGUGAAAUGUGUAGUAUCUGCUGAUUCUUAUGAUUCUUUUAUUGCUUAUGGGCAACUUUUACUUCUUCAGAGAGCCACCGCCUUACAUGACCUUCCAGAGUUUUUAUAUGGUUGGCAUGUUAUUCCACUUGUACCUAUAAUUCUAAUAGACUGAGAUACAAUCUUGGAUCCAGAUACUGUUGGAAUCUUAGUUCAUCAAGUUUGUCCCAUUUUUUAUUGUCUGUUAUGUGGAGAUGGAUUCUUGACUAUCAAGCCUGUAUAACUUAAUGAUGUUUGGAUUUUAAAUGAGUAUAAAUUGCAAUCGGUCCAAUUAUAUUCU